AUGUCUAAGGGAUUAAUCUUCAUGACUGGGGCGUCUGGCCUUAUUGGCAGCGCCGCUGCCUUGGAAGCUCUAAAGGCCGGAUAUCAACUUCGAGUUUGUCUUCGCAGGCCAUCGGACCGACUGCAGACAGUGUUGUCAAAGUAUAGCAAGCAAGUCGAAUUUAUUACCAUUCCAGAUCUCACCGAUGAGCUGGCAUUCAGUGACAAGCUGGACGGUGUGGAGUUUGUGCUCCACCUUGCAUCCCCUCUUCCUCGUGGCACCGACAAGGAGGCGUACUUCACUCCAGCGGUGAAAGGGACGACUGCCUUGCUGAAAGCGGCGGCCCAGGUACCGAGCAUCAAGAAGGUUGUUAUUACCUCAUCCCUGGCUGCUUUUGUUCCAUUGGCUGGUGUUCCAAAUGGUGGAGUUAUCCAAGAGGACAAUGACUGGGACUUCUCAGUGGAUGAAAAUGGAAGCUUCGAGGUCCCUGAGAACCCGGCUGCAACAGCCUUCCAACUGUAUAGGGCUUCUAAGCUGCUCGCAAACGCUGCAACCUGGGACUUCUGGCGAACAGCCAAGCCGCAGUACGCCUUGGUCACGCUGCACCCAGCAUUUGUGUAUGGCGAGAAUCUUAUGCAAACAUCCGCCGAGGGAAUCAGGGGAGGCUCCAACGAGGCUCUAUGGGGAUUCAUCAUGGAAGGUACCCCGACGGGAUAUAUGACGGCAGUACAUGUUCAAGAUGUGGCUGAAGCGCAUAUCAGAGCGUUGGAUCCGAAGAUAGUGGACGGCUCGAAAUACCUGCUUGCUGGGAAGAAUGGUACCGUGCCAGAGGUUGCGCGGUUUGUGCAAAAGCUCUACCCAGAUGCUGGAGCGGUCAUCACCGAGGAUGCCCAAGGCAUUACGAGCCCAGUCAAUACGGCUAAAGCGGAGACGGAGCUUGGGAUUCAAUGGCGCUCGUUCGAGGCCAUGGUGCAGGAUAUGAUGGCUCAGCAGCUUGGCUUUCGCAGGAAUGCAUCGGAAUAG